GAGCCUUCACAUCCGUAUGCAGUUCUAAACACCUACCACAAUUUGUUGAAAAUUAUGACAAAUUUAGGGCCAAAGGCAUUGACACUAUCGCUUGUACUGCUGUUAACGAUCCUUAUGUUUUGCGUGAAUGGGCUAACGCUCAUAAUGUUGACUCUAAAGUCUUGAUGCUUAGCGAUGGAGAAAUGCCAUUUCACUCUGCAUUAGGUCUUACACAACGUUUACCAUUCGCUGGUGAACGUGGUUUACGUUUUUCGAUGUUUGUUGAUGAUAGAGUUAUUAAAAUUUUAAACGUUGAAGAACCAGGUCCUCUUAAUUAUAAAAUUUCAGGCCCAGAACAUAUGUUGAAGCAACUGGAGGAAUUGAAAAAAAAGUAA